AUCCUGGAAGGAGGAGCUGAGGAGGGAGCCGCUGGGAUCCAAGGCAGAGAGCGGGUGAGCGUGCCCUCCCUCCAUCCCGUUCCACUUGGGGAAGCGGUGGGAACUUCAAGAGAUUCAGUAUGUGUUGGUGACAACUGAGAUAUCUGCACCAGGCAGCUCGGGUUGGGGAGCAAAAGGGUACGGGGCGGGGAAAGGGAGAGAAAGGAAUUUGCAGAACAUCUACUAACCUCUCUUCCCAUGUCCAGCGCAGUUGCCUAAGGAUCAAGGUGGAAAAGAGCAUUUUCCCCCAAAAUUCAACCACUUCACUUCUUAUUCUUAUUGGGAAUGGACAAUGGAAUGUUUUCUAGCUUUGUCAUGAUCAAAAACCUCCUCCUCUUUUGCAUUUCCAUGAAUUUAGCCAGUCACUUUGGCUAUUCACAGAUGCCAACAAGUUCAGUGAAGGAUGAGACCAAUGAUAAUAUUACAAUAUUUACCAGGAUCCUGGAUGGUCUCUUGGAUGGAUAUGACAAUAGACUGCGCCCAGGACUUGGAGAGAGAAUCACUCAGGUGAGGACAGACAUCUAUGUUACCAGCUUUGGCCCAGUGUCUGAUACAGAAAUGGAGUAUACCAUUGAUGUAUUUUUCCGACAAAGCUGGAAAGAUGAAAGGCUUCGUUUCAAAGGACCAAUGCAGCGGCUGCCUCUCAACAACCUCCUUGCUAGCAAGAUUUGGACUCCAGACACAUUCUUUCACAAUGGAAAGAAGUCCAUAGCUCACAACAUGACCACACCUAACAAGCUCUUAAGGCUAGAGGAUGAUGGUACCCUGCUGUAUACCAUGAGAUUGACCAUCUCUGCUGAGUGUCCCAUGCAACUUGAAGACUUCCCAAUGGAUGCACAUGCUUGUCCUCUGAAAUUUGGAAGUUAUGCAUACCCUAAUUCUGAAGUGAUUUACAUCUGGACCAAUGGCACUGCUAAAUCUGUGGUGGUAGCAGAAGAUGGAUCCCGCCUAAACCAGUAUCAUCUGAUGGGGCAAACUGUGGGAACAGAAAACAUCAGUACCAGCACAGGUGAAUACACAAUAAUGACAGCACAUUUCCAUUUGAAAAGAAAGAUUGGUUACUUUGUCAUUCAGACUUACCUUCCCUGCAUAAUGACAGUGAUCUUAUCCCAGGUGUCAUUUUGGCUGAACAGAGAAUCAGUCCCAGCUAGAACUGUUUUUGGAGUAACUACAGUGCUGACAAUGACAACCUUGAGCAUCAGUGCCCGGAACUCCUUGCCCAAAGUUGCUUAUGCAACAGCGAUGGACUGGUUCAUAGCUGUAUGCUAUGCCUUUGUAUUUUCUGCGUUGAUUGAAUUUGCGACAGUGAACUAUUUUACAAAGAGAAGCUGGGCAUGGGAUGGCAAAAAAGCUCAGGAGGCAGCCAAAAACAAGAAAAAGGAGCGUGAAAUAUUAAUAAAUAAAUCAACAAAUGCUUACAAUACUGGAAAGAUGACCCAUCCUCCAAACAUCCCAAAGGAUCCAACUCCCUCAGGAAUCUCAAAUGCAACUCCUGUUCCAGUAAAACCGGCAGAGGAAAAGCCUCCUGAAAGUAAAAAGACUUAUAAUAGCAUCAGCAAGAUUGACAAAAUGUCCCGAAUUGUUUUCCCAGUCUUGUUUGGCACUUUCAACUUAGUCUACUGGGCGACAUAUUUGAAUAGGGAACCAGUUAUUAAAGGAGCCACUCCUCCAAAAUAAGUUUCAGGACUCCCAAACCCUAUGAGAGCCAUACUUCCAGCAAAAGGAUACCAAGGAGAAAUUUGAGCUCUACAAGACUUUUGAUAUUUGGACAACAUCUUUCAGGAAAUUUUUGCAUGUUUAAUGAUAUGUACAAAUAAUAUUGCCUUGAUUGUUUUUACAUGUAACCUCAGAUAUUUCAAAGAAGUGACAUUGACAAUGGCGGCUACACAAUAUUCUAGAAGGUCAGAAGAUGCUGAAUAGCACCCAACUGUUCAGGGUCUUACAUUGCUAGUUUACAAACAAGACAAGUUAUAUUUUUUAACUGCUCCAAGUAUUACAUACCAAUGUUUUUUAUACUUCAAAUGUCAAUUCAUACUAAUUUUCCCAGCUGAUAAAAUAUUUUGGAAAUUGUUCCAUGACUAUUACCUGACCAAAAAUCCAGGUCAUAAAGAUUGUAAAGAACAUAAUUCUCAUUUUAAAGAAACUAUGAGCUUUCACAUACAGAAUAAAUUACCUUCAUUAAUUUUCACUUGGUUCUAAAAUUUCAAAGUACUGCAUGAGCUUAUAUUAAGAAAUAAAAUAAGAAAAUAUUUAUGCAGACAAAUUUUAAUGACAGAAAUAGAUCAUAUGUUAGACUAAGAGAAUAUUCUCCCCAAAACAAACAACUCUGGAUAAAUUGCUCUUGGGAAAAAAAAAAUCAUGUUUCUCCCCAUUAACCAAAAUAAGUAGUACAGAAAGAAAGUGAAACAUGAGCACAGAAAAAUGGUUCAGAGACAGCAUUGGAAUCUUGGCCCAUGUAUUAAAUGUAUCUGAGACAUACCAUCUCCUCGCUACUGCCAGUGUGUUUUGCUUCAGUGGUGAGAAUCUGUAAUUAGUUAUUUUCAAUUUUAUUGCCUUGUAAGUAAUUCAUGACUGAUUCAUUGCUCUAGUAGCUUUUGUAAAUUAAUCUUAAAUGUUUAUUAAAUAAAAAAUUCUACUCUUGUGGGUAAAAUGUCAUCUUUUAUAGCAAACAUUAAGAUUUUGCUGGAGUUAUUUUUUAAACAAAUUCAUGAAGAAAAUUCAUCCAAUAAAUAGCUUGACAAAUUGUUGUCAGGUCAUCUUU